UUCAUCUACUGUGUGCUCGUCGGCACGUUCCCGUUCAACGCCUUCCCUCUCCGGCUUCAUCUCCACGGACGCCUCGUUCGUGCUGGCUGCCUGUCUCCGAAUCCAGGUGAACGAGGAGAACAAGGGAGGAGAUGUUCGGCAUGCACAUGCGCUCCGCGCCCUCCUCAAGAAGGCGUUGACGAAACCAGCCUAUUGGCGCACUUAUGGGACCUACGGGGCGACGGCCUUCCUCCUCGCCGUCUACAUCUGUGACUGGAAGGCGGUUGGACAGUACAUCCCCCUCUGGAACAAGCGAUACAUUUCCGAUGGCCUGAAGCAGUGCAACGACUCGUUCUUCGUCAGCGUGCCCCAGCCCCCCGCCGAGAAG